GCAUCAUGACGAGCGCGUCGUGCGCGCCUCGAUGCUGGGCGCGGGGUUUGUGAUUGCACCGCCCCGGGGCACGGCCAACGGCUGCUACGUCUCGAUGAUCGCGCACACCAACCCGGAAGGGUGGCUGCAUUCGCGCGCCGGCCUCUCGCUCCAAUACAUGCAAGCGUACCACGUCGAGCUACUCAACCUCCUCGUGGUUCUGCGCACGGCGUUCCACGCGCACGAGUACGUCUCGAUGAAGCGCAAGUUUAGCGCGCCGGCACCGUGCGAGCCGACGCUGCCCGAGGACAACACGCCGCUGCUGGCGCCGUUUGUGCAUAUGUCGUCGCUCUCGUAUGCGCUCGCUGAUAUGUACUGGGCCGAGCCCGAAGCCUGCAACUUUAGCGUGCGUGGCCCGCAGUACCCGAUCGACAAGGUCAAGCUUCCGUCCGAGGUGCAAGUGUUUCGGCUCGUGGGCGUCGAAGCGUACUCGUCGACGACCAAGAAGAUGCAUUCGUUUGGCCUCAAGAGCUUUCGCAGCGUUGCCCCGUCGCAGUUUUACUUUGUCAUCAAUUUCAUGUUUCCCGGUCCGCCGUUCUACAGUCUCGUGCUCUACUUUACGCCCGAAGACGAUGCGUUCCUCUCGCAAAAGGCGCCGUGGACCGAGCUUUUUGCCGACUUCUUCGACGGCGACGACAGUUCGUUCCGGUCGAAUCGGCUCAAGCUCAUUCCGCGCGUCAUCGAAGGCAACUGGGCGGUGCGCGAAGGCGUGGGCAACACGCCAACGAUCCUCGGCAACAAGGUCACGCAGCGCUACUCGCGCGGCGCCAACUUUUGUGAAAUCGACUAUGACAUUGCGAGCAGCACCGUCGCGUCCGGCCUCUGCCGACUCCUCCUCAGCUACUCGCAGGACCUCGUCAUCGACCUUGGGUUUGUGCUGGAAGGUGUGACGAUGGAAGAGCUGCCCGAGCGCCUCCUCGCAUGCGUCCGCCUGCGCAACCUCGACUUGCCGCUCAUCGCUGUGCCGUACCCGUACUAAGAAGAGUCCACUUGAGGCCGACGCGCCAGCACUUGAACACCCAAUAUAUGUAUAUAUCCCUUGAAAUUGG